UGUUGACUGAUGUAACAACUUUUCCUAAAUGCGCAUCAGGCAGCUGUUGCUGAGGAUUUUAAUUAGUAGCCAGGACUUUAAUUAAUCCACAAUUUAAAAGGCUCCACCACCGGAAACUCUUCAGGAUGCGAGAGAUAGUGCACAUCCAGAUUGGGCAAUGUGGUAACCAAAUUGGGGCCAAGUUCUGGGAAGUUAUUGGUGAAGAACAUGGAAUUGAUCCCAAAGGGAAUUACAUUGGAAACUCGGACCUCCAACUUGAGAGGAUCAAUGUGUAUUUUAAUGAGGCACACGAUAACAAGUACGUUCCCAGGGCAAUCCUGGUGGACCUGGAACCUGGAACAAUGGACAGUGUCCGAGGCAGCCAUAUUGGUCACAUGUUCAGACCAGACAACUUCAUUUAUGGUAAUUCGGGUGCUGGAAACAACUGGGCUAAAGGUCACUAUACUGAGGGCGCCGAGCUGGUCGAGAAUGUCCUGGACAUCAUGAGGAAUGAGUGUGAGAGCUGUGACUGUUUACAAGGCUUUCAGAUCACCCACUCGCUGGGAGGAGGAACAGGCUCAGGCAUGGGUACGCUCAUCAUGAACAAAAUCCGAGAGGAGUAUCCUGACAGAAUUAUGAACAGCUUCAGCAUUGUACCUUCACCAAAGGUUUCGGACACGGUGGUCGAACCGUACAAUGCCACCUUGUCCAUUCACCAACUGAUCGAGAACACAGAUUCCACCUUCUGCAUUGACAAUGAGGCUUUGUAUGACAUUUGCUUUAGAACAUUGAAGUUGGCCACACCAACCUACGGAGACCUGAACCAUCUUGUUUCAAUGACAAUGAGUGGUGUCACCACCUCCCUGCGUUUCCCUGGUCAACUCAAUGCAGACCUGAGGAAGCUGGCGGUCAACAUGGUGCCAUUUCCCCGCCUGCAUUUCUUCAUGCCCGGCUUCGCUCCUCUGACAUCCCGCAGCAGUCAGCAGUACCGCUCACUGACAGUGCCAGAGCUCACCCAGCAGAUGUUUGAUGCCAGGAACAUGAUGGCAGCCUGUGACCCUCGCCACGGCAAAUACAUGACAGUGGCAACAAUCUUCAGAGGUAGGAUGUCUACUAAAGAGGUGGAUGAGCAGAUGUUAGCCAUCCAAGCCAAGAACAGCACCUACUUUGUGGAGUGGAUUCCCAACAACGUCAAGGUGGCUGUGUGUGACGUUCCACCACGGGGCCUUAAAAUGUCAUCCACCUUCAUAGGGAACAACACUGCGAUCCAGGAGCUCUUCAAGCGCAUCUCAGAGCAGUUUUCAGCCAUGUUCCACAGGAAAGCCUUUCUGCACUGGUACACAGGAGAAGGCAUGGAUGAGAUGGAGUUCACAGAAGCAGAAUGUAACACCAAUGAUUUGGUGUCCGAAUACCAACAAUACCAAGAUGCUACUGCAGACCUUGAAGUGGAAGAGUAUGAGGUGGAAGAAGAAGCUGAACCGACUAAAUAAUUAAAAGAAAGGGCCAUUUAAAGAGACUACACAAUUGGACUAACCAAGAGUUUGAUAUUAGGGGCAACAUAACUGUGAAACUAAUACUCAAGUAAUAAAUGGAACCCACCCAGUGAUCUCCAGCUAAACAUCGAUCUUAUUGAAAUUGGACACACUAGACAGAAACCUCAGUGGAUAGGAAAUCUGUGACUGAAUUCUUAAAACUGGAAACCCUUCGGACUUCAGUUUCAAGAUUUUUGCCAAUAUAUCUUAUCUAUCUUUAUGAAGUGAAUUUGGAACAUCACUUGAUACAUUUGGAGGUUUGGACAUUUAGCUUAUCCCAUGCAUGAUUUAUUCAGUGAGGCAAAAAAAUUGGAAUUUGACUCAGUAAGCAAAUAAUGAAUUUAUUAUUGGACCUUAGGAUAUUUUGAAGGAUUGGAGACAGGUGUGUUUAAGCGUUAAUGUUGUGAAUUAUUUAAUCAACUGUCCGUAUGAAACAGAUAUUUCACAUUUCCAAUAGCAAGAGGUAGUCAAAACAUUACACAGCAACUGGAGAAUGAAACUAUGGAGGGUAUAACAAUUAAUCAGGUUCAGAAAAAGAUUUUAUCUUUAUUUAGCGAAUGAAAUAAGACAAAUUAAGAACAAAACAGUAUUUAAUUAAUUAUAUCAUUUUUUGAGAAAACCAGCACGGUGGCUCAGUGGUUGCCUCACAGCACUAGGGUUCCAGGUUCGAUUCCAGCCUCGGGCGACUAUCUGUGUGGAGUUUGCACGUUCUCCCUGUGUCUGUGUGGGUUUCCUCCGGGUGCUCCAGUUUCCUCCCACAGUCCAAAGAUGUGCGGGUCAGGUGGAUUGGCCAUACUAAAUUGUCCAUAGUGUUAGGUGCAUUAGUCAGAGGGAAAUGGGUCUGGAUGGGUUACUCUUUGGAGGGUCAGUAUGGACCGGUUGGGCCGAAGGGCCUGUUUCCACACGGUAGGGAAUCUAAUCAUAAUCUAAUCUAAUCAAAUUCAAUUGACCACCAACAUCCUGGGUGCCACCAUUGACUAAAACCUGAACUGGAUCAGUUAUAUACAUACAUUGGCUAAAAGAACAGGGGUGAAAGGACUUCGGGGUCCCAGGAUUGUGGAGGAUGAGGGUAAGUCACUUGUGGUGAGGGGGCAGUUUCCGGGAUUGGGAGUGCAAGGAGAAGAGCAGAAAGUCUCAGAGGUAAGGGUAGAGCUGGGUGUCAGCAGGAACAGCCUCUGUCCUAUGUCUAAUCCCUCAAUCAGGCACCACUUGCCUAUGAUCAAGCAACAAUCCCAUACCUUCCUGGUUGGCAAAUCGCUUGUACAGGUUGGCCAGCUGGGCACUCUGCAUGGCAAUAUACCACAGGCAAAUCAGUACUGAGGAACGUUAGUUAUUCAAAUUUCAGAUUAUCCAAAGAAGAUCUCAAGGUCCCGAUAGAAAUAUUACAUCAAAGAGGUGUUUCCAACACUGAUCGUGUCUUUUGUUUACAAUGAUUAAAAAUGAACUCAGCUUCCUGAAAUGGUGCUGAGAACAGUCCUGAUCAUCAAUGGGAGCCCAGGCACUGUCUCCAAAUGACUGACUGCAUGCCCUCUCUCUCUGACCCACAUUUUCCCUGGAGUUCUACAUGGGGAUGUACCCUAAACCCCCCGUCCCCAAGAUAAUCUCUCCAACAUUGUCCUGUACAGGGCAAAAGUGGAACCUGUCAAAACGUUGCAGUAAAAAUUUGUGUGUGUGGCUGUGUGUGUUUGCUAUUUUGAGACUCACCUCCCCCCCCACCCCACCCCUCAAGGCAGCAGCAGUCUUGGUAUUGGUGUCCAGUCUGGCUGCCCCCCAGGGGGAGGGUGGGGGGGUGGGGGUAGAGGGGAGCAGAGUGGAUGGGGGCA